AUGAGCUCAGUCACCAACAACAGUCAGAGAUCUAUGGUGAUUUUCCUGUUCCUUAAAUUAUUUGCGGUCUCGAUGUGGACGUGCGAUGGCAAGAUUAGAACUUUGCUCCGCGCCGUGUUUAAGAAUUUCCGAGUUAGUCUCCAAAUGGACGUGUACCACCAGCUCAUGUGCAGGGCAACGCUGUUCACCUGUUCGGCUUUAGUGCGCUCA